UCAUGGCUGAUGUGAUCAAGAAGGUGAAGAAGAAGGGAGAGUGGAAGGUCUUGGUGGUGGACCAGCUGAGCAUGCGCAUGCUCUCCUCCUGCUGCAAGAUGACCGACAUCAUGACCGAGGGCAUAACAAUUGUGGAAGACAUUAACAAGCGCCGAGAGCCGUUGCCGAGCCUGGAAGCCGUGUACCUCAUCACCCCCUCGGAGAAGUCUGUCGAGUCGCUCAUCAACGAUUUCAAGGAACCGCCGAAUGCCAAGUAUCGAGCGGCCCACGUCUUCUUCACGGACUCUUGCCCCGAUUCCUUGUUCAACGAGCUGGUCAAAUCCCGCGCGGCGAAAGUCAUCAAGACCCUGACGGAGAUCAACAUUGCUUUCCUGCCGUACGAGUCACAGGUUUAUUCCCUCGACUCGGCCGAAUCUUUCCAAAGCUUCUACAGCCCUCACAAGGCUCAGAUGAAGAACCCGAUCCUGGAGCGCCUGGCGGAGCAGAUCGCCACCCUCUGCGCCACACUGAAGGAAUACCCGGCGGUUCGGUAUAGAGGGGACUACAAAGACAACGCCAUGCUGGCUCAGCUGAUCCAGGACAAGCUGGAUGCUUACAAGGCCGACGACCCAACCAUGGGGGAGGGUCCGGACAAAGCUCGCUCCCAGCUCAUUAUCCUGGACCGGGGCUUUGAUCCGACCUCUCCCGUGUUACACGAACUGACUUUCCAAGCCAUGAGCUACGAUCUGCUCCCCAUUGAGAAUGACGUCUACAAGUAUGAGACGAGCGGGAUUGGGGAAGCCCGGGUCAAGGAGGUUCUGCUGGAUGAGGAUGAUGAUCUCUGGGUCACCUUGCGCCACAAGCACAUCGCUGAGGUGUCCCAGGAGGUCACGCGUUCUCUGAAGGACUUCUCUUCCAGUAAGAGGAUGAGCACGGGCGAUAAGACCACCAUGAGGGACCUCUCCCAGAUGCUGAAGAAGAUGCCUCAAUAUCAGAAGGAGCUCAGCAAGUAUUCCACCCACCUCCACCUUGCCGAAGACUGCAUGAAACACUACCAAGGCACCGUGGACAAGCUUUGCCGAGUGGAACAGGACCUGGCCAUGGGCACCGACGCCGAGGGCGAGAAGAUCAAGGACCCCAUGCGAGCCAUCGUCCCCAUCCUCCUGGAUGCGAACGUCAGCACCUACGACAAGAUCCGCAUCAUCCUGCUCUAUAUCUUUCUCAAGAACGGCAUUACUGAGGAGAACCUCAACAAGCUGAUCCAGCAUGCCCAGAUCCCGCCGGAGGACAGUGAGAUCAUUACCAAUAUGGCCCACCUGGGCAUCCCCAUCAUCACGGAUUCCACCUUGCGCCGCCGGAGCAAGCCGGAUCGGAAGGAGCGGAUCAGCGAGCAGACCUACCAGCUCUCCCGGUGGACGCCGGUGGUCAAGGAUAUCAUGGAGGAUGCCAUUGAUGAUAAACUGGACACCAAACACUAUCCUUACAUCUCCACCCGCUCCUCGGCCUCUUUCAGCACUACAGCGGUCAGUGCUCGCUACGGACACUGGCACAAGAACAAGGCCCCCGGGGAGUACCGGAGCGGGCCCCGCAUCAUCAUUUUCAUCCUGGGGGGUGUCGGCCUGAACGAGAUGCGCUGUGCCUAUGAGGUGACACAAGCCAGCGGGAAGUGGGAGGUCCUAAUAGGAUCUACCCAUGUCCUCACCCCACAGAAGCUGUUGGACACCUUGAAGAAGCUGAAUAAGCCGGAUGAAGAAAGCAGUAGUUAAAAGCUCACCCGCAGCACGCCCCCGAAGCCACCCUCUUUCCUCCAGCCCGUUUCCCAUCUCCCCUGCUCUUGCCGUCGUCGUUUGUUUCGUCGGCUGUGGGCGCCGUUCCCACCCUCUUUCGACGUUUUGGGGAAAUGCCCCUUUCUUCGGUUCCCUUCCCUUCCCUUUCCCCUCCUCUCCCUUUCCCCUCCUUCCUCUUCCAUGUCUGUCAUCCCUCUCUUUGAUUGAAAGGUAAAUACAAGACAGGAACAAAAAUAAUAUAUAUGCAUGCACGCUAAGGGUGAAAGAAGAAGAAGAAGAAGAAUAUAUUCUAUACUAUAGAUAUUAUCUCCAUAUGCAUCCGACGAAAUACCAAAUCCCAUUUCUGGAGAAUCCAUCACUUCAUCCUUCGCGGUAUAUGACGACGACAACUAUUUUUCAGAAUGAUGUAUUUUUUAUGUUUAUUCUAUUUUAUUUCUCUCUCUCUCUCUGCCUGAAUGGAGGAAUGCUCGUGACUUAUUUAUGGCUCUGUCCUCUUGUCCCUAACCUGAGAAGCAAACUGUGAAUGUCCCUCUCCUACGCGUUGGGAGUUUUGCUUGUGUUUUGAAAAAACAAACAAAAAACCCCCCCUGUAAAUCCCCGUCCUUCCCAUGGACUCGACCCGCAACCCUCUUGCACUGCUGUCGUUGGGCGUGUCGUCUGUUUUUGUAUUUCUUGGGUCUGUCAGUGUGCAGGGUGUUGGCUUGCUAGAAGGAUGAUUAAACUGCAUUUUCUUGA